AUGUUUGCAGGGGAAGAGCCACUGGCUGGUUUCACAUCCCUGCGCCUUGACUGCCUCGAGUUGUGCUCUGCCAAGGCUCCUUUUGUGGCAGGCUCCUGCCUGCAGAACCUGACUGACCUGGAGAUCCAUAGCAAGGAUGACAUCAUCAUUGGGUCGGUUGAUGACUCUGUGCAGUUGAAGCGCUUUGUUGCAGUGGGCCGCAAGAUUCGGCUGGGGGCUCUGAUGCUAUCCAGCUAA